AUGUCGGAAGAAGUCGAUGAGGCAGAACACAGUAUCGAGAUGCACCUGCCCUACAUAUACAAAGUGUGGGGCGAGCGCGAUGUAAAAAUUGUGCCCGUGCUUGUUGGGCAUCUGCCAGAGCAAAUGAAUUUCGCAUAUGCUUUAUGCUUUGCCCAGUACUUCGCUGACCCGCGUACGCUUUUUGUCAUAUCAAGCGACUUUUGCCAUUGGGGUAGCCGCUUCCAAUACACGUGGUAUCAGCCUACGUCUACAAGCAAGGGCAUCAUGCUCUCGUCGGCGAACAAGAGCUGUAUCGAACCGAAAAUGCCAAUUUACCAAUCCAUUCAGAACUUGGAUGCCGAAGGCAUGUCGGCCAUUAGCUUUAACAAGCACGGCUCGCGACGUGCACGACAAGCAUUCGCAAUGCACUUGACGAAAACGGGGAACACAAUCUGUGGUCGUAACCCGAUUCUUCUUCUGCUCACGAUUCUCGAGAUUCUCGAAGAUCGCGGUGCCAUGUUCGAAUGUCGCUUCACUCAUUAUAAGCAAAGUAACGCCUGUUGUCAUGUGCAAGACAGUUCAGUAUCCUAUGCUACCGCUUAUAUCCGCUCAUCCACCCAGUGA